AUGCUGGAGGGCACCCGCGGGUUACGGGGUUCCUUAAGGCACCUCACCAACACAGACCCCCGCAGGCAGCGCUCCUCGGGACCUGCGAGCACCGCGACAGCCUCAGGACCGGCCGGUGCCGCCAGCGGCCCGAGCAGCCCCAGGGCAGUGCCGGGGGGAAGAAAGGAGGCGACAGAAGGAAUAGGAGGGAAGGGGGAGAGCGGCCGGCCCCGGGCCCCGCGCAGGCCGCAGCUCGUCGGGGCGCGCAGGGACCCCCGGGCAGCACCGACACCGACACCGACACCGACACUCACCCCGGCUGCGCCCGCUCCGCCCCCCGCCGCUCCUUCCGGCACCGGCACCCGCGGCGCACACACUCGGCUGGGCUCGUCGGCGUUCGGAUGGACUCGGCUCUGUCCGGAUGGGCGGGCGUGGUCUCUACGGGGUUGCCUUCGGCUGGGUUCGGCCAGGCUCGCCCCGGUUCGGUGUGACUCGGCCGUGUUCGGCUGGGUUCGGUUCGGCUUCGCUCGGCUCCGCCCCUCCGCGUGCCCGCCCAGCCCCGCCCCCGGCCCCGCCCCUCAGCCGCAGCGCCGCUCCCGGAAGUGCCACGUGUCCGCAGUGCGGCUGCGCGCGCCGCCCGGCAGUUCCGGUGGGUCCGUCCCCCCCGCCCGGCCCGGCGCCGCCACACGGGCGGCACCGAGCGCAGCCGGCCGAGCCAUGGCCCAGCCCGCCGGGGCCCCCGCCGGCCAGCAGCCCUACAGCAACGGCCCUGUUCAGAAUCAGCUGAUGCAUUCCCCAGAAGGCCAGGGAUACAGCCCUGCAGUUCCAGGAUCCUACUCCCAUCAGAUGCCAGCAAAGGUUCCUCCACAUCAGUCUUCUGGACAGUACAGCUAUAGUGGUUCUCAGAAUGUUUCUCAAUUAAACAACUUCCAAGGACCUGGCCAGACUCUCAAUAGACCACCAGUGGCAGCUUUCUCUGGGUCACCAGUACAACAGCCAGGUCCAGUUCCACAAGUGCUGCCACCUGCAUUACAGAACUCAGCUGCUGUAUCAUGUGCUGGGAGCUUUCCUCCUGGAGCCAGCCCAGCGGUGCUUUCAAACUGGCAGUUCAGCCAGACCCCUGGGGGCCAGCUCCCUGGGGCUCAAACAAGCCAUUUGGCUCCUGUGCCUGGGGCAGGGCCAGCUCAGCCUCCAUCAUCAUUGCCAGGGAGCACAAACCCUGCAGGGAGUUAUCAAUAUGCUGCUUCUCCAGGGGCUCCUCCACUGCAGAACAGCUACAUGAAGCCAGGAUCUGCACCUCCACCAGUGACUCAGCCUUUAACUCCCCUCCACCCUCCAAGGCCACCUUUAGGACCUCCACCUGUUGGUGGUCCCCCUAGGCCACCAGCAGCAGUAGCAGGACCACCUAGUGCACAGUCUAUGCUACAAUCAACUGUAAACCAAGAAGGUGAUGCCAGAUCUGCUGCCAGUGAUGGGUCUGUUGUGCAAAACAGCUAUGAUGCAAUUGAAGGUGGUGGUCUCAUGGCAACUCCACACCAUUCUCCUGCAGCCCCAAAUCUGAAGAUGAAUAGAAGUGUUGGGUAUUCCUACCCUGCCUUACCUCCAGGCUACCAACAUGCUUCUCCACCUGGAGCCCCAGGAAGGAAUGCAGCUGCUUUGCAAUAUCCAGAUGGAUCAAAACAUUUCCAGCAGCCUGCCCUGGGCACUAAUCACUUAACUGCAUCAAUGGCUGGCCUGAGUCUACAGCAGGAAGGGUUAAGACCUGUGAAUCUUCUUCAAGAAAGAAAUAUUCUUCCUACCACCCUUUUGAAGGCUCCUGUCCCCAACUUGCAUGAAGACAUCCAGAAGCUCAACUGCAAUCCUGAGUUGUUCCGCUGUACCCUGACUAACAUUCCUCAAACUCAGGCCUUAUUGAAUAAAGCCAAACUUCCUUUGGGGCUCCUGCUUCAUCCUUUCAAAGACUUAUCGCAAUUGCCAGUGGUCACUUCCAGUAUUAUUGUGAGAUGCCGUUCCUGCCGGACGUACAUCAACCCCUUUGUCAGCUUCCUGGACCAGAGGAGGUGGAAAUGCAAUUUGUGCUAUAGAGUCAAUGAUGUUCCUGAAGAAUUCCUCUAUAAUCCUGUGACAAGAGUUUAUGGAGAACCUCAUAAAAGACCCGAAGUCCAGAAUGCUACUAUUGAGUUUAUGGCUCCAUCUGAAUACAUGCUGCGCCCACCCCAGCCCCCCGUGUACCUCUUUGUGUUUGAUGUGUCCCACAAUGCAAUCGAGACAGGAUACUUGAACACAGUCUGCCAGACCCUCUUAGACAAUCUGGACUCGCUUCCUGGGAACACUAGAACAAAAAUAGGCUUCAUAACAUUUGACAGCACAAUCCAUUUCUACAGUCUUCAGGAAGGUCUCUCUCAGCCUCAGAUGCUUAUAGUUUCAGAUAUUGAAGAUGUAUUUAUACCAAUGCCAGAAAACUUAUUAGUAAAUUUGAAUGAAAAUAAAGAGCUAAUUCAAGAUCUGCUGAAGACAUUGCCACAGAUGUUUACCAAGUCCCUGGAAACUCAGAGUGCUCUGGGGCCUGCAUUACAGGCUGCCUUUAAGCUGAUGUCCCCCACUGGAGGUAGAAUCACUGUCUUCCAGACACAGCUCCCAUCUCUGGGAAUGGGAGCACUGAAGUCACGAGAGGAGCCAAACCAAAGAGCAACAGCAAAGGAUAUACAUCUGACACCAUCGACUGAUUUCUACAAGAAGUUGGCCUUGGACUGCUCAGGACAACAGGUUGCAGUGGAUUUAUUUCUUCUUAGUGGGCAAUAUUCUGACUUGGCUUCUCUAGGUUGUAUAUCAAGGUAUUCUGCAGGUAGUGUCUACUACUACCAAUCUUACCAUCAUAAACACAACCCUGUCCAGGUGGAGAAGUUGCAAAAGGAACUGAAGCGAUAUUUAACUAGGAAAAUUGGCUUUGAGGCUGUCAUGAGGAUAAGAUGCACCAAAGGUCUUUCCAUUCAUACUUUCCACGGGAACUUCUUUGUGCGAUCUACAGACUUGUUGUCAUUGCCCAACGUAAACCCAGAUGCAGGAUAUGCUGUGCAGAUGUCAGUGGAAGAGAGUCUUACUGAUAUGCAAGUGGUUUCUUUUCAGUCAGCUCUCCUGUACACCUCCAGCAAAGGUGAAAGGCGAAUUCGUGUGCACACGAUGUGCUUACCUGUUGUCACAACCCUGAGUGAAGUGUACCUGGGGGCAGAUGUGCAGGCCAUCACAGGGCUCUUAGCCAAUAUGGCUGUGGACCGCUCCGUGUCCGCCACGCUGAGCGACGCGCGCGAUGCCCUGGUCAAUGCCGUGAUCGAUUCCUUGGCCGCUUACCGCUCCUCCGUGCUGAGCGUCCAGCAGCCCGGCCUCACCGCUCCCUUCUCCCUGCGCCUCUUCCCUCUUUACAUACUGGCACUCUUGAAACAGAAAGCAUUUCAAACUGGGACAAACACACGUUUGGAUGAACGCAUCUUUACCAUGUGCCAGGUGAAGAACCAGCCCCUUGUUUACCUCAUGCUCAUGACACAUCCCAGUCUGUACAGAGUCGAUACUCUCACAGAUGAGGGAGCUCUUAACAUAAAUGACAGAACUAUACCUCAGCCACCCCUUCUCCAGCUGUCAGUGGAGAAGUUGAGUAGGGAUGGUGCUUACCUUAUGGACGCUGGCUCUGUGAUGUUUAUGUGGAUUGGGAAGAACUGUGGGCAGGGUUUUAUCAGCCAAGUCCUUGGAGUUCCAAAUUAUGGCUCAGUACCACAGAAUAUGACACAUCUCCCGGAACUUGAAACGGCAGAAUCCAUCAGAACACGAACUUUCAUUUCUUGGCUGAGAGAACAGAGACCUUUCUUUCCUAUACUAUAUAUAAUAAAGGAUGAGAGUCCAUUGAAAUCAAGUUUUCUGCAAAAUAUGAUUGAAGACAGAACAGAAUCAGCCUUAUCAUACUAUGAAUUCCUCCUUCAUAUACAGCAGCAAGUGAAUAAAUGAAACACUAGCCUUUGGCUUACUUCUUUAAGGAAAGAUUUUGCAGUAAAGAAUGAUUGUGCUUGUAAUAUCUUCAUUAAAUCUGUGGCCUGAGGCAGUUGAUGAGAAGUUCUCACUGUGAUUUCAACGAACUAAAGCAAAUAAAGGACCACAUCUGAGAAUCAAAUGUGCAACUACAUAAUAUUGUACCUUAAAAAAAUCAAACUGUUGGAACUGGUUGAGCACCUUUAAUUUGCUGCAAAUCGUGUUUUUACUGUAAGUAGUUGCAGCAUGAAGUACAUUUACAAAGGCAAUACUGAAAAGGUGAAAUACAUUUUGUAAAAUAAAGAGUUCUUUGUUGUUCAAAA